AUGGAGGAUUCGACCGGGGAGACUGCUUCUACCGUGUCACCUUCCCGGAGAGUAGCAGAUGGCGCAGCUGCUAGCGCAUCUCCGAAAACAAGUGCGGAAGAUCGUCCAACCACCGAUUCCGCUGGUGCUUCACUUUCUUCCACCCCACCGCAGCUGCCCGAUUGGAAACUGGAGGAAUUUUACACGGUCAACGCGAAGUCCAUCGGGAAAGGCGCCUACGCAGAGGUGAAAAAGGUCGUUCAUCGGCCGACCAACGAUGUCUACGCCAUGAAGUCGAUUUUGAAAAAGCAAAUCGCGGAAAAAAUGCUGGAAAAGCAGGUUCUGCGGGAAGUCGAAGUGCACCUAAGGGCCACCAAUCCAGAUUUGGAUACAACUUCGACUAAUUCGAUCGCACAGAGUACAACUAGGGCGGGUAAAAAUGAAAGUUCGUCGUCGUCAUCCGCUAGAAGAAGAACUUCCUGCGACAACAUUAUCCGCAUGUUUCAUUUCUUCGAAACUAAGGAUUGGAUCUACUUCAUUCUGGAAUUGGCAGCACACGGACAUUUGUUGAAGUACAUGCGGAAAUUUCCCGGGCAGCGGAUUGAACCGCUGGAACAGGACUGUUGCCGGUUUUUCAAGGAGGUUUUGCAGGGCGUGUCGUUUCUCCACGAGAAGCUGGAUGUGAUUCAUCGAGAUCUGAAGCCGGAGAACGUCUUGCUUUGUAAUGCGAGAAAUGGUGGACGAACCCGAACGGGAAGGCAUGCUCAGCCAGCAGCUUCCAGCGGCUCACCUGGGAUGCUGACAAGGAGCGACAAGGAAACUACAGCACCGGUUCUGACAGCCAAAAUCGCGGACUUCGGCUGGUCGCGACACUGCCACACGACCAAGGCAGUUGAAGGAACUGAAGUAUUGCAACAAAAUACAAAUAGUACAACAGCGCAUCAAACAAAUCAACGCCCCUCUGAGGUACUAUCGGCUGCUGUAGCCGGCUCUGAAUAUAGUUCCACGACGACCGUGACAACCCCCGACCGCCCUUCUUUCUGCGGCACCGCGGAUUACUUGUCCCCCGAGAUGGUCAACCAAGAAUUUGCGAAAGUUGGGAAACCGAACGACAUUUGGGCACUGGGGGUUUUACUGUAUGAGCUCCUUACCGGGUUCCCGCCGUUUCGCGUUUUUAAUGCAUCAACGUCAGCAACCCAGAAGGAACUAACAAGCAAAAGCAUCUUCGCGCAGCAAAUGGACAAGAUUCUGAAAACCGACUACCAGGACGAUUUUCUCUCCACCGCGCUGACCGACAAGCUGCGCUUUCUGAAAAUCACCGACCGUGCGGCAAUCGACGAACGGUUGGAGCCUUUUCGUGCAUUGUUGCGGCAAAAGAUGCUGGUCAAGGAACCCGAGGCAAGGGUCGUGAUUCGGGUUGUGGUGGAAGAGAUGGAGAAAAUUGUUCCAGAUAAUUUUAUCGGAAACACGACGACCCGAGGCGGGAAUGAACUUGAACUUCAGCAUCAAGGUACUUCAUCAAAGCCUUCCGCCUCCAAAAGUCCUCAUCCCGGCACGCAGCAGGCAAAAACCCCCGUCCGCCAGCACGAUCAAGAACUCUUUCUCCCUCCUACUGUUCCUCGGUUGCCGGAGCAAAGUCCUGUCGUGCCACGCAGUACUGCUGGUGCAAUCGGUCCGACUGGAAGAUCCGGGGGUGUCGCUUCUCCUGCAUUCGGCACUACCACGCCGGAGAGUUGUGCAACUUCGAGCAUCGCAAACCCAGCGACGAUUUUUAUUUCGCCUUUGCAGCCACCUGCUGGUGGUGGUGCUGGGGGGAAUAGAAAUGGACAGAAAGUAGAUGUUGGCGCUGGUGACGUCGAAAAGACGAGGUUCAUGAACAGCACUGUACUACCGGCAGGAGCAUCUUCAGCAGCUGCAAUGCCGCAACCGGCUGGCACUGUUGCCGACUUGAAGCAAUUUCUCGCGAGCAUGCAAGGCGAACGGUCACAAUUGAUGGGGAUCGGGGAACAGGAAGAGAAAGAGGUAAAAACGGACGAUGUAGUUGAAAAUACGUUGGUUGUACCGUCUGGUCGUCAGCCUUCGAACAGCACUGCGCACAGGCACGAUUCUCUCGAACGCACGCUAUUCGACAACUAUGCGGAGAAGGGAGCGGCAGCCGUGUUGGAACAGACCAGGAGCGAGGACGCAGCAUCUGCAACAAUUUUCGUGCCUGCAAGUAGAACGAGAAUGAAAGACGAUUUGCCGGGAGGAAAUGAAAAUAACGGCUCAUCACUAACAGAAGCAGCACCUCCCGAGGAGGACCAAACGACCUCCACGGCUGAGGAGCUGCGUUUCGUGGAGCAGUCGAUGCGCCCUGAAGAACUUGCGAGACUGCUGAAGUCGAUGAAGAACACAGACAAGCCUGUUCUUUCGCGACCUAAUGCAGCAGCAGCUCCUGCGCCUGCGGGGGAAAAUGAAAAAACAACUACUGCAAAUGCUGUUUCCACCGCCGAAGGUGAAGAUGUUACUCCUGUUCUACUGCCAGAAGAACAACCUUCCACCGUCGAUUAUUCGACCGCAGCACGACAGAACAGCGGCACGGAGAACACUUCUAACAACUACUCCGCCGAGCUGCUGUCCCAUCUUCGGGGGAAGCAGGUCUUCGUCGGCGAUGAUAAUCCGGACGACGGAAGAAGUCCGUUUUACCAGGCGAGGGUAAAACCCGACGAGAUUCUGGAUUCGGACGAAGAGGAAGGCGAUGGAGAGUAUCACAGCCGGCGGAAUCUGCAUGACGAAUUUGAUGCUCUAGGUCUAGAUGCGGACGACGGGGAUCUUCCGAACAAAAGCGUGAAUUACCGCAAAAGCAACAAGGCCACAACCCCGGGCACGCUCUUUGCAGAAGAAGGACCUGUGCUGUCCGGGGAAAACGUAGCGCGACUGCCGCCUCCAACCAUGGGGAAUCUGAAAAGCUUGAUGGGGUUUGACCAGUCUCCAAACCUGACCGCAGGGAAGAAAAACCGAGCGGAUCCCCAGCAGCCGCAUUCCGGCGUGUUUGUGAUGGACAGGCAAAGGAAGGAUAAUGAAAACAGCGACGUUUAUCCGCAGAAAGAAGUAGGGUUUGGUUGUAAAUUUGACAUAGUGCUGUCGAAAGACAGUAAGCUCGAAGAUUUCGUGAAUUCAGCGGAUACAACUCCAGUCGAAAACCUGGAUGAAACACACAAACUUACGCACGUUGCAAUCAGAAAUAAACCAGCUGCAAAGCGAAAGUGUUAAAAUGAGC